AUGUGCAAAAUGCCUGACUUUGUCUAUAUCGAUGCAAACAGCAAGCUACGAGUUCGUUGUUCACAGAAACAAGUGUCCCUGUGGGACAGAUUGUGUGCACCUGUUGCCACCCUGCCAACAGUGGAUAGACUGCAAAAGUCAAGCAUCGUCAGGACUGGCAUCCCACACCAACUGGCCUUGUCACUGUCUGCACGCCAGGUGCUUUCGGAAAUUCUGCAGCAAGCUGCCCGUCUGGAUUGUCCUGAUGCUGGUGCCAAAACUACCCGUCGCCUCAAAGGCGUCCUACCACCAUUGACAGACGCAGAACUGAGGAGAUGGAGGGCGCAGAUCGCUUUGGGCGGACUUGGAGCCCUUGCAGCAGUUCCCAGACUGCAUGUCUCCACCCAUAGGAUCGGGGAAAUCUCACAAGUCGGCUUCCAGAAACAAAGAGGUGAUACGAUGUCACCUGCUGCAAGGGAGGCUGCCAAGCGUCAGUUUAUGGUGGGAUUGAGGAUGAUCAUGUAUGGCUCUGCUCUUGGCGUGCUUGGCGUUGUUGGAGUUGGGACAUACCUCUGCCACACCUUCCAAAUCACAAGUUUAGAGGACUUGCGGCAAACACUGCGAAGCAAGGCUGCUCCUUGUGGAGAGCUAAUUCAUGAAGAAAUGGCACCUUUUCGAGACUGGGCAAGGGCAUUUGUGAGCACAUGGCAGAUGAAGCCAGAAGGCGAAAAUUCGGAUUCCCAAGUUGUUCACUACGAUACAGAGUUUUCCCGAGCCCUGAAGCAGCGAUUCCGAAGUAGAACGUAG